AUGAACCGCCAAUAUAAAGAAGAUCAUGAUGAAGUAACUGUCAUGGGAUUUGAAGUUCCGAGAUCACCUGAUUCAAGCUACAACAACGUGUACCCCGGGAAUGAAGACGAGGGGCGGGAACCACCUCUAUUCCCCCCUCACCUGCACCAGACCGUGCUGAACCACCCAGCAAACAGAGACCAAUCUGCAUCCCUCCCGUCCCCACAGAACGUGGUCCUAAACCAUCUUUACAUCGAGAACAGCAACCGAGAAACACCAAGAACCGUGGUGGCACUAGGUACAACGCAUCGCUUCCGCUCAAAAUACGUCACCGUCGUGCUUUACAAACCGGUCCCGAGAAGGGGCGGCAGCACCUGA